AUGCCCACCUCUAUAUGGGUUGAGAGUCCUUCGAAGGAACUAUUGGAGAUCAGGGUGGUGUAUGAGUGGGCUCCUCCUUUUUGCUCUAAGUGUAACAAGAUUGGUUAUGAUUUCUCUGUUAACACUCCUAUGCCUAAGCAGGCUUCUAAGCUACCGGCUCCUGUUCCUCCUAAGCAAAAGAAAGUUUGGGUUCCUAAGCCUACCCAUGUUCCUGCUUCUACUACUGCUGUUGAUGUUGGUGUUUCUGUUCAUGGACAAUCUAUUAUUAAUCCACAGGUUCAUACCUUUCAGAAUUCAGAUGAGGGGUGGAGAAUAGUAGGGAGGAAGACAAAAAGCCAACAAACUAGAGUUCAUCAGCCUGCUUCUACCUCUAAUGCCUUUGUUGCUUUAUUUGCAAAUGAAAUGGAUGGUGCAGGUGGUUUCACUAUAAAUCCAAGUGUGGGUGAGUUCAUUCAUUGUACUGUUUCUUCUAAGGAUCUCUCUACUCAAAUUUAUCUCACUGUUGUUUAUGGUCUUCACUCCAUUCAUGAUAAGCUUCCUUUGUGGGAGGGGCUCAGAAGCAUCUCUAUUCAGCAUUCUCCUUGGCUUUGUGUUGGUGACUAUAACUCUGUUCUUCAUACUUCAGAUAGGCUUCAUGGUGCUGAUGUUACUGAUUAUGAGACUAGAGACUUUCAGAAUUUGGUUGAUGAUUUGGACCUCACUGAGAUCAAAAGCAAAGGGUCCUUUUACUCUUGGUCUAAUAAGGCUCAUACUAUCCCUAGAACGCUCUCUAGACUUGAUAAAGUCUUUGGUAAUCAAGCUUGGUUAGCUUCUCAUGGGCAUGUGGAGAUUGUUUAUCUCCCUCCUUUAUCUGAUCAUAGUCCAGUUCUGUUAAAUAUUUGCUCUGGCCCUGUGGGGAAAGGUAGACCUUUCCGAUUUCUAAAUUGUAUUGUUGAUCACCCUGAUUUUCUUGAUACUGUUUCGCAGGCCUGGGGUUCUGGUAGUUCUGUUUGGCAGAAGCUUAAUUCUGUGAAGUCUAGUAUCAAAUCUCUUAAUAGCAAGCAGUUUGGUAACAUUGAGGAAAAGAUUGACCAGGCUAAUGCUGAGCUUUCUAGAAUUCAAAACUUAAUGGCCCAGAACCCUGAUGAUUUGGAUUUAUAUGCUAAAGAAUCUGAUGCUAUUAAGGUUGUCAAGCACUGGAAUGAUAUUCAGGAAAGCAUCUUCAAGCAAAAAUCGAGGAUUAAUUGGGUUACGCUUGGAGAUGGCAAUUCUCACUAUUCCUUCUAUGUGAUGAAGACUAGGCAAGCAAGGAAUAGAAUUGAAUCCAUCUUUGAUUCUAAUCAGGGAAUUGAUAACACUAAAGCUCCUGGUAUUGAUGGCUUUAACUCCUUUUUCUUUAAGAGAGCUUGGCAUAUUGUGAAAGAUGAUAUUUAUGCAAGUGUUAUUGAUUUCUUUAAUAACGGGACUUUUCCUAAGCAAUGGAAUUGCACAACUAUCACUCUGGUUCCUAAAGUCCUUUUUGCUUCUCAUGUUAAGGAUUUUAGACCUAUAGCCUGUUGUACUGUGGUCUAUAAGCUCAUUUCUAAGGUCAUAACUGCUAAGCUUGCUGCUGUCAUUGGUGAGGUGAUUGAUGAUGCUCAAGCAGGGUUCAUUCCUGGCAAGCACAUUGGUGACAAUAUUCUUCUUGCAACUGAACUGAUCAAAGGCUAUGAUCACAAAUUUAUCUCUCCCAGGUGUAUGGUUAAGGUGGAUUUGAAGAAAGCUUAUGAUUCAGUUGAGUGGGGAUUCUUGAUCACUCUCAUGCAGGAGCUUGGUUUCCCUCAGAGAUUUUUUGAUUGGAUCUGGAAUUGUCUUACUUUUGUCUCUUACUCUAUUCUUAUUAAUGGUUUUCCUGCCCCCCCCCCCCCCUUUGAAGCUAAGAAAGGGUUAAGACAAGGUGACCCUAUUUCUCCCUUUCUCUUUGCUAUUGGUAUGUGA